CCGUGACACACUAUUUAAGGCAAUUCAUUGGCUGGCAUCACCAACAAAUGGACACCAAAGUGGUGUGGUCGACGGCGCUAUUGGCCUGUGCGUUGGGCGUGGGCGUUGGUGUUGCUGCAUCCAGCAUCUUCUUUCCGAGCACUCAUGAUGCAACGCCCGAGGACGACACCAUUGCAAACCUGCGACGGGAUCUCGAAAAGGAGAAGGCAUUGCGGGCACAGGAGCGCAGUGGUCGGACGCAUGCGGAGCGGGAUGCUCGGUUGCUGGCACAGAAACAGCUAGACAAGGAUGGCUACACGUUCGAACCCAUCGGCACCGUGACUUCCUGCUUCCGCGACCGCCGAGGUACACCACGACAAGGCGCGUUGGUGCCUGGCAGCUUGGCCCGGAUAACCCUGCAUGCGAGCAUUUCGCCCACGUCAUUGGAAUGUCUUAACCAGUUUAGCCACAUGUGGGUGUUGUUUGUGUUCCACGAAAACACCAACCUCGCCAAGGUUACCACGCACAAGACUGCCACGUACCCCUCGAAAAUCGCCCCCCCACGUUUGGGCGGGAAAAAGGUGGGCCUUUUCUCCACGCGCACCCCACACCGGCCAAAUUCCAUCGGCCUCACUGUGGUCAAGGUCGACGCUGUCUCGGGUCGAUUCGUCGACAUCAGUGGCCACGAUCUGGUGGAUGGCACACCGGUGCUAGACAUUAAACCGUACGUUCCGUAUGAUAACGUGGCGUCGCUGGUGUGUCCGGAAUGGGUGGCUGAGAAAGACGACAUUUUGCCUCGUCCAGUGCACUUUACCGUGGAAGCUCAAGUGCAACUUGAACAAGCCAUCCCAGCCAUGCAAUUCUACACGUCCGUGGCGGCCAUGCGGGCCACGAUCGACCAGAUUCUGGUGCUGGACAUUCGCAGCAUUCACCAAAAGCGAGGCGAGGCGUCCGACACAGAGUUUCAUUUCCGACUGGACCAUCUCGACGUGGUGUUCAAGACGCUAGACGACUUUAUUCAAGUCACGCGCUGUUCUGUGGUGGACAACAAGACAACCAAAACAUCUCGAGAGCAAGGUCCGAACAACCAUCGAGAAGACACAUACGGACACGGCGGACUGCAAAUCGAACAACCCCUGGAAUAACAUGGUUGGUCUUAACAGAAUGAAUGGGCGCUACACUAGGAAAUACUACUGUAUGUACGUAGUAGCACAUAACGUUAGUAUCUAUCAUCCAUCGGUUGGUCG